AUGUGGCAGAAUCAAGGAGUUUAUCCAGAUCAACAAGGUGGAUAUCCUCCUCAGGGAGGCUAUCCUCAAGGUGGCUAUCCUCAGGGAGCCUACCCCGCAGGGGGAUAUCCCCAGGGAGGCUACCCCCAGGGAGGUUACCCUCAGGGAGGUUAUCCUCAGGGUGGCUACCCACCUCCUCCCCAACCAGGAUUCCAACCAACCGGUUAUGGCGGAUAUGGAGAGCCAGUGUUUACGGGCCCAGGGGGCAGUCUCGGGGAGGAUUCCGACGUCAAAGGGUUUGACUUCAAUGAGCAGAGCAUUCGAAAAUCUUUCAUUAGGAAGGUAUAUGGUAUUUUGAUGUGUCAACUGCUUGUGACCAUGGCCUUCAUCACUCUGUUCGUGUAUCACGCACCAACCAGGAUGUGGGUGCAAAAGAACACUUACAUGUUCUGGAUCGCCUUUGCCCUGGUGUUCAUAUGUCUGAUCGCGAUGGCGUGCUGUCCGUCCGUGCGCCGCAACUCGCCCAUGAACUUCAUCUUCCUGGGCAUAUUCACUGUGGCCGAGAGUUUCCUGCUGGGCGUCACCAGCAGCAUGUACCAGAGCGAUGCGGUGAUGAUGGCAGUGGGCAUAACGGCUGCAGUGUGUCUCGGGCUCACUAUAUUCGCGAUGCAAACUAAGUGGGACUUUACAAUGAUGGGUGGGGCUCUUCUUGUUGCUACCAUCGUUUUAUUGCUUUUUGGUAUCGUGGCAAUCUUCGUGCCUGGCAAGACUAUGACUCUGAUAUAUGCUUCUCUUGGGGCUUUCAUCUUCUCCCUCUAUCUCAUCUACGACACACAACUCAUGAUGGGAGGCAAACACAAGUACUCAAUAUCCCCAGAAGAAUAUGUCUUCGCUGCCCUUAACCUUUAUCUGGAUAUUAUUAAUAUAUUCAUCUAUAUCCUAACCAUCAUUGGCGCGGUCAGAUCUGAU